CUUAGCUAUAAAAUAUGAUUUAAUUUAUAUUGUUCCAGUGUACACAUUGUGAUGUUCAGUGUUAUUAUAACACUUCAUAUUCAUUGUGAGCUUUGAAAAAUAAAACGUGUGUGUUUAAAGUUGUGUGAAAAUUUAGCAUAUGAAAAACGUUUUUUUUUUACUACUGUUUUAAAUGUAUUAAACAAUAUAUCUUUAUCACAAAAUUGCGAAACCAUGGACGAAGAUAUUAUACAACCAGAAGAAACAUUCGAUACAAUUGAUGAGGAUUUGCCGAUGGAAAAACUUUUAAAACUGUCGAAGUCGUUCAAGAUGGGAGUUGAAAGAAAUUUGAAAACAUUUAAGAAAGAAAAAUUGACCAUGAUGAACGAAGUAACUAAUAUUGGAAAUACUACAUCAACACUCAAUGAAGAAUCCGAAGAAAUAGUUGAUAAUUCUAGUAUUAAAGAAAUCCCAUUCAAUAAACACAGAGUAGCAGAUUCCAAUGUUUCGUUUUUAAAACCAAAAGGUAACACAUUUAAUAAUUUGAAACAAGAAUUGAAAAAUGAAAAUGAUUCUUUAUUAGAAACUCAACACAUUGAAAACGAAUUUAAACCAUACCAGAAUAUGAUUAGUGAAACACACGGAGUAUUAAACUUUAAUCAAGCCGAUAACGAAAAAAUAAACUAUGCUAAAAGUAUUCUUGAAAUAGAAAAUAAAGGGCGACAUUGGAAGGAUAAAUAUGACGAAUUGUAUGAGAAAUACUUGCGAUUGGAAUCUAAAUACAUGCUUGCUGAAAAAGAAAACUGUAAUAACCAAAUAGAAAUAGCUAGGAUUAAAACUAUAGAAAACGAAAAUUUACAACUUAACCAAAUAAUAGAUAAAACAAAUAGAGUUCGUAAACAUCUAGAAUCUGCAUUAGAAUCAUGUCUCGGAGAAGUUGAUAAAUAUAAAACCGAUGCAGACAUCGCUCGAAAUAAAGUUAGAGAAGCAAUCGAAAUUAUGGAUAAAAUAAGUUCAGAGAAAGAUCGACUUAUAGAAGAUUUGAAUAAUUCAAAGGAACAAAUAUCUAAGUUAGAAAAUGAACUAAAAAAUUUAAUACAAGAAGCUGGGAAAAAGGUAAAAUUGGAAAUAGAAAAUGUAAAAAUCAUAUAUAAAAAUAAAUUACGUGAAGCAAAUGCCGAAAUCGAGAUCCUACGAACGGAGAAGCAGAUUGAAGGUAAUAAGUAUCAACGGAUAUCGAAAGAAUAUGAGGUACUGAGUAAAAACUAUGCAUUAAUCAAUCAAAAGUUUGCCGAUAAACCGCAUGAAUAUUCAAAGAAAAUGACUGGACUUGUCAAACAAAACAAUGAAUAUGAAGUUACAUUGAAUAAUAUAAGAACUAACGUUGAAAUUCUAGAAGAAGCAAACAGAAAACUCCAAGAUAGGAAACGACCAGAAGAUAAAUAUCAACAGAAAAAUAUGCAAAUUAAAGAACUUACAAAACAUUUAGAAGCGCUCAAACAACUAUUGGACAUGUGGAAAAUUGAAGUACGCAGUAUAAUUGACGGAUUUAAACAGAAAAUUAAACAACUUAAACAACACUGUAAUAAACUUUACAAGACGAAUACUAAACUAAAACGAAUAAUAAAUAAUUCAAAAAUCAAUAACUUUCCUUCGAAAAGAAAACAACUGUAUAAGCCACGAAAAAACAAAAGGUAUGGGACACAUUUAUACAGUGUAUUUUUUUCAAAGUUGAUUGUAUUAUUAUUCUAAUUUUCAGAUUAAAUACUUCUUCAGUAUCUACUUCAACAUAGUGCUUCCUAAUGUUCUAUGUUCAUAAUUCUGUGAUAAUUUUAUAUUUUAAAUAAGUGUGUUUAAAAAAUGUAAAAAUCAAUUCAAUAAAAUAAUUAAAAAUACUUAU